AUGAGCGUGCCUAGACGUGCUUACCAUUUGCUCUAUUUGAGCAUCAUAGCUACACUCAUAUGGCUGCAUAGCCAGAGAGCUGCUAGAGAUGUGAGCCCAGCACACAUUGCAGUGCAGGAUCCGCUCUUCGAGUCCAUACGCGUGCUCUGCCUGGUGAUCUAUGACUACAAGCAACCUGUAGCUGCAAAGUAUAUAAAACGCACUUGGGGUCAGCACUGCAAUGUGCUGCUCUUUGUUGCUGGCCAGCUGGAUGCGGAGCUGGAGCCGUUUGUGCCGCUCGAGAACUGCACGGACAAGUCGCUGCUGGCGCGUGAAGGUCUCAACUACGCCUAUGAAUAUUACAAAGACGAUGCCGAUUGGUUUCUACGCAUCGAUGACUUUAGCUUUGUUGCUAUGGAAAAUCUGCGCUAUAUGUUGGCAAAGCAUAAACCAAAGCAGGCGCUAUAUAUGGGCUAUGAGCUGCGAGAGCCGCUGAAUAAACAGGCGUUUAAUUAUUGGAGGUGUGGCUAUGUGUUGAGCUGGGAAGCGCUGAGACGCUUUCAAGCGGAGAGCAAGUACUGUGGACAGCGCUGGGAGCAGCGCUUGAAGCUAAGUCGCUGCUUGAGGCAGGCGGGAGUUGCCACUGCCAGCAGCACCGAUGAGCUUGGCUAUGAAACAUUUAUACCCAUAGCUAGCUUCGAGCUAUUUCUGGAAGACAAACAUCUUGACGGACAUGCAGCUCAGGGCGUAAGUAUUUCAUUUAAUGCUGCAUAA